AUCAGUUGCAAACACAACGAACUGAGUCCGAAACUCGUGCAGCACCAUGAACACCAAGAUAGUAGUUCUCUUCGCCCUGGUGGCGCUUGCUUUCGCCGAGGAAACGAAGAGCGACGAGAAGAAAGUGGAGACCGCGAAGAAGGAUAAGCGAGGUCUUUACGGAGCCUUGGGCUAUGGUAUCGGUGGGUUGGGCUAUGGUCUCAAUGGAUUGAACACAUACUCGUCUCUUCCGAUUGGAGUGAGCCAUGGCGUCUCCACUGUUUUGACAAAGGAAGUAGCCGUACCCGUGCCGCAACCAGUUGCCGUACCCGUCGAGAAACAUGUCCCAGUCCCAGUUAAGGUACCAUACGCCGUGCCCGUCGACCGCCCGUAUCCAGUCCAAGUGCCCAAGCCGUACCCAGUCGAGGUCACCAAGCACGUUCCUGUCCCGGUAGACCGCCCAGUGCCAGUUCCCGUCAGUGUUCCAGUCAAGGUCCCGGUUCCCGCCCCGUAUGCCGUCAAAGUGCCUCAGCCCUACGCCGUCCCCGUCGUCAAACACGUGCCGGUGCCCGUCGCCCAACCGAUCGUCUACGAGAAGGUUCACAGCGGUAUCGGAUACUACGGCGGAUAUAGCGGAGCCUACAGCGGUUAUCCCGGUUACGGAUAUUCCUCCUGGUAAACGCCAUCCCGAGGGGACGACGCUCUUCGACAUCUUCAAUGCGAAGCAUCACCCGGACCUCGCGUGCAAUCUUUUC